AUGUAUCCACAAUAUGCAACAUCGUCAAGUCCAUCCCGAAAGGUUGUUGUUGUACGUAAUACAGCAAAUCCUCAAUAUCCCAUGGACAAUUCUGAAAUGUAUCAAAGUGGUAAUAGACCGGUUUAUGUUUCACGGUAUCCUACAGGCGCAAAUAGAUCGUCGAUGAUAUUAACUCCUACUCGUUCACCAGUAACAUAUUAUGAUAAUUCACAAGUUUACCCAUCAAAUACAAUACGUACAUAUAAUCAACCAGCUCCAAUUACAGUCCCUAGCGAUGAUGAUGUAGGCUGUUUUUCAUGUUGCUCAGACUUAUGGGCUCCUGAUUCAGAAUAUCCAACAUCUUCGCAUGUAAUACGAAAUGGAUCAUCGGGACCUUAUUCUCAAUAUAUGAACUCAAGUGAAGUGAAUUAUGUAUCAACACGCGAUAAGACAAUGUCAGGUUGCUCACGACGAGUGGUUGAUUACUUAUCAAGAUAUAUGUGUUUAAUCAUAGCCGCGUGUAUCAUUAUUCUUUUAAUCGCUAUAGCCGAUAUUGUUGUUUGUGCUGUUUUUCUUUCUAUCAAUCCAUCAACAUAUGCUAAUCUUAAAAUAGCUGGCAUUGCAAUAGGUAGCAUUUUAAUCGGAAUCAUUGUAAUUUUCUUAACGUUUCUAUUAUGUUGUGUUGUUUAUGCACUUAUGCCUCCACCGAAUAAUCAACAAUAUACACAUACAGUUGCAAGUAAUUAUCCAGUAGGAGCAAAUCCUUCUAAUAUAAUAUAUCCAAAUCAAACAUAUGGAGCAAACAAAGGUAAUGUUGUUAUUGAAUUACCUGAUAAUGUUGCAGGAAGAAAUAUGACACCCAAAACACGUGAACGUAAUAUAAAUAAAGUUGUUCAAAACUUAGGUCAAGUUGUUGAAGAUGCAAAAAGACGAAAUAAUGGAGCAAUGCCAAAUAAUCUCGUUGUCAAAGUUGCAUAA